CAUGCGCAGAAGCGCAUCCCGGGCCGUCAUCAUGGCGGACCAGUGGCCGCGGUGUGUGAGAGAGAUGAAGGGAGUGAUUUUAGACAUGUGUGGCGUCUUAUACGACAGCGGAGAAGGCGGAGGAGUGCCGAUUGAGGGCUCCGUGGAGGCCGUCAGAAGGUUAAAAUCGUCAGACCUGCAGCUACGUUUCUGUACGAAUGAAACUCAAGCCACGAGAGAGAAGUUUGUAGGGAAGCUAAAGCGCAUGGGCUUCGACAUCGAUGUCAGAGAGGUUUUCUCCCCCGCCCCGGCUGUAGUAGCUAUCCUGAAGGAGCGCUGCCUCCGACCCCACCUACUGGUGCAUGACGAUUUGCUCCCAGAGUUUGACAGUGUGGAUAAAUUCAAUUCCAACUGCGUGGUUAUUGGAGAUGCUGCCGAUAAUUUCUCUUACCAGAACAUGAACACUGCGUUUCAGAUCCUCAUCUCACUGGAGAAACCGCUGCUCUUCUCCAUGGGCAGAGGACGUUAUUAUAAGGAGACAGACGGCCUGAAGCUGGACGUCGGAGUUUAUAUGAAAGCUCUGGAGUAUGCUUGUGAUUUGGAGGCAGAUGUUGUGGGCAAACCUGCACCCAUGUUCUUCCAGAGUGUUCUCAAUGACAUGGGCCUACAACCCCAUGAGGUGUUGAUGAUCGGUGAUGAUUUGGUGAAUGACGUCGGAGGAGCUCAGAGGUGUGGGAUGAAGGGCCUUCAGGUCCGCACAGGAAAAUACAGGCCAAGUGAUGAGAGAGACCCUACAGUUACUGCUGAUGGAUACGUCGACAAUCUGGCCUGUGCUGUGGACACCAUACUGAAAUACCGCUGUGUUUAGAGACCAACUGGGAGGAAAUAAAAAUGCUGAUUAACAGAAUUUACACUCGUUAACACUCAGUAACACUAAUUAAUACCCAGUAAUAAUAAUCAGUGAAUUUAUCUCUGUACAGCUUCACAGACUACCUUCUCAUAAAUGAACUUAACUUCAUAUAAA